AUGUUCAUCGACGAGGUCGAUCAACAGGGUAACAUUGUUUUUGACGGCUACGAGGAGGUCGAGCAUCGCCGGAAGAGCCGCAACGCCGAACCACAGGAUGAGGAUCAGUCCGACAGCCCUCGGGCAAUUUCCCCAAGGAGCAAGCGACGCUUCAGAUCGUCGCUUAAGCAAUUCAGGCUUCCCGACACCAUUACAAAGCCUAUGCCUCCGACCCCGGUCACAGAAGACCAGCUUCGGCUGAUAAACCCAUACGAGCUCGCGCCUUGCCGGAGUUAUUUCUGGGAGGAUCCCCGGAGCAGGAGCCCCUCCACUCGUCCGCUCACUGGCCGAGAGCGACGAUCAGUGGCUUUCGAGAACGCGAAGAGUCGCCGGAUUCACAAGUCUGAGGUAAGGCGGCAGCGCGAGGUUGCAGCGGCAGGCGAUGAAGCCACGCAACGGUCUGCAGGAACAUCUGCACUUGCGAACCGGCUGGGUGAUAUGCUGAUUUCGACCCGCCAACUGAGAUAA